UGCAAAAACCUCAAUAACUUAUCACCACCAUCUUAUAUAACUCUCAAACAAAUACCACCCACCAAGAACAAAUAUUCUCAUCCAUUUCAAAAUCUUUUGGAAAAAAAAAAAGAGAUUUUUUUUUAAUUUUAUUUUACGGUGAUGAAGAAAUGGAAUAUCUUAUCGGAAAGGCCGUGGUUCCUGGGCUUGGGCCUGGCCUGUCUGAUCGCCGGGGCGCUUCUGAUAACCAGCUUCUUGAGAGUCGAUGACGUCAGCUCGAGAUUGUGCUCCUUAACGGGCGCUCAGAUCAAAACCGUUGAUCAGGAAAACUAUACGGCCACGCCGACGCAGCUCCAGGCAAUCCUCCACUACGCGACGUCGAAGGUGGUGCCCCAACAAUCACUUGGCGAGAUAACGGUGUCGUUUAACGUCAUCAAAUCCCGGGAGGGCGGCUUUGGGGCGCCCUUCAACUUCCUGGUAUUUGGGCUGGGCCACGACUCUCUCAUGUGGGACUCGUUUAAUCCACGUGGCACAACGCUAUUCCUGGAGGAGGACCCGAGGUGGGUCCAGACCGUUCUCCAGAAGGCCCCCAACCUCCGGGCUCACCACGUCCGGUACCGGACCCAGCUCCGCCAAGCCAACGAGCUCUUGUCGUCGUACCGCGCCGAGCCGAGAUGCGCGCCGACUGAGGCGGCGGCGCUGCGGGGGAACGUGCGGUGUCGGCUCGCGCUGGAUAACCUCCCGGAGGAGGUGUACGAGAGGGAGUGGGACCUGAUCAUGAUCGACGCGCCCCGGGGUUACUUCCCGGAGGCGCCGGGGAGGAUGGCUGCGAUAUUCUCGGCGGCGGUUAUGGCUCGAAACCGGCGGGGAUUGGGUCCCACGCACGUGUUCCUCCACGACGUCGAUCGGAGGGUGGAGAAGACCUUCGCGGAGGAGUUCCUCUGCAGGAAGUAUUUGGUCAAUGCCGUCGGUAGACUCUGGCACUUUGAGAUCCCGUCCGCCGUCGCUGCUAACGUGAGCCUGCCCGGCGCAACCGGGGCCACUUUUUGUUAAUGUGAGCCGGCGUCAUCAGAUGAGUUCGAAAGCGUACGUACGUGAGUUUAUUUUUUAAAAAUUAUUUUUAACACGAUGUAUGAUCUUAUUAUUAAGUAAUACUACUACUUAUAUUUGAUUAUUAGGGGCUCUUUAUUGCUAUUUUUUUUUUUCCCUUGGUGGAAGGAGAUUUAUGAUUUACUGCCCUGUUGUUAUAGCGAAAAGAAAGAGCACCAAGUUCUGACGGUGUAUAUUGUAGAAGAGGAGUAUAUUUGACAUUUUCUAAAGAA